AUGUUGAAAUUGCUAAUAAUAAAUUUAAUUAUGAUUAUUGGUUGUGUUCAAUCAGAAGGUCUAGAAUCAACAUUAAAAUUAGUAUAUUCCGACGCAAAAUUUGUACCGGUUAAUCUCGUGGAAUCACUCAGUGUUUUAUCAUCCGUUCAAUUAUUAAUAAAGUGUCUACAAUCAUGUAAUCAAAAUAUAUUAUGUCGAACAUUUGAUUAUGAUCCAUCAGCUUUCACGUGUGAAUUAUAUCAAGGUGAUAUGUCCACAGGAACUCUCCUAUCCUCAUCGCCCUCAAUUAUCGGUAGUGUUUAUUUCAGUUCACAUUUGUAUACAGUUUAUGGUGCAUCAUGUGAUCGAUGUUUAACUAAUCGGUAUUUGAUAUGUGUAAAUGGAGCAUGUCAGUGUCCUUUGACAACAUUCUGGGAUGGUGUAAUAUGUCAAAAUCAAUUGUAUUUUGGUGCUAUAUGUGUUUCAACAUCAUCGUGUCGACAAGCUUUAAAUCUAACAUGUUAUAAUAGUUUGUGUGUUUGUACAAAUUCAACAUUGUACUGGAAUGGAACCGGCUGUCAUCGCGUUUUGCAGUGGAAUAGAACAGGAAUAGUUGUUGCUGGUGUGACUAAUGUUAGUGGGAUAACACCAAAUUUGUUAAAUAAACCAUGUUAUGCAUUUGUUGCUUCUGAUGAUAACCUUUAUAUUGCCGAUACUUCCAACGCACGUGUACAAAAAUGGCUGCCAAAUGCAACAUCAGGUUUGACUCUGGCUGGUAAUGGUACGUCUGGAUCAGCGUCAAAUCAGUUGUAUUUUCCAACAUGUGUUUAUGUUGAUCGAAAUUUUAAUUUAUAUAUUUCUGAUCUUGUCAAUUAUCGUAUUCAGUAUUGGCAGAUAAAUGCUUCGUUUGGAGCAACAGUCGCUGGUACAAGUGUUUCAGGUAAUACAAGUAACACAUUUGGUUCUGUAUACGGAUUUUGGGUUGAUAUAAGUCGUAAUAUUUAUGUGGUGGAUUUGAGUAAUCAUCGUGUUAUGAAAUGGCCGUUUAAUGGAACAUCAGGUAUGCUGGUUGCUGGGGGUAAUGGUGGAGGAAAUUCUAAUAAUCAGCUGUAUUCUCCAUAUGGUAUUUAUGUGGAUGAAUUAAAUUCUGUUAUGUAUAUAGCAAAUUGGAAUGGUUAUACAGUUAUGAAAUGGGUUUUAGGUGCCUUAAGUGGAACGUUUAUCGUCGGUACACCUGGUACAUUUGGUUUAACUCCGUCAGAACUCUACACACCUCAACAUAUUCAGUUUGAUAAAAACGGUAAUAUGUAUGUUUUGGAUACAAAUAAUCAGCGUGUUCAAAUGUUUCAGCGUAACUCAAGUGUCGGGAUAACAAUUGCCGGACAAACAGGCACGCUAAGCGACGAUGAUAAUAAACUACGUGUAUUCAAAAGUACUACAGAGGAUGUUAGCCAUUGGUGUAUUACCAUCAACGUUUCCCCUCCUCACCGCGGAGAGGUCUCCCUAAUAGAGCAAGAUGCUGCUAAAUCGUUCACUCAUCACGAGAAACAAUUUAUAAAAACUCGUAAGGAAAAGAUUUUUGAUCUUACGCGUUUGAAACCAGGUGAUCAUAUUUCAUUCUAUCGAAGUGAUCUUCAUUAUUCUCAUCAUGGUAUUGUGAAAGAGGCUAGCGAGAAUCACCUGAUUAUUAUCCAUUAUUUUAAUACGGUCGAAAAUGCUUGGGGUAGUCUGAUAAAAGGUAGUUUAUACAUUGCCAAAGUCAUCGAGAGCGAAUGGCCAUUUGACAGCGACAAAGAAGAAUUAUAUUUGCAUCAUUAUGAUGAUAUUCAAUGUUUUUCAAAUGAAGAAACAUUGACACGUGCUUUGUCGAAUCUUGGCGAAACUGGCUAUAGUUUAUUUUCGAAUAAUUGUGAACAUUGGGCGCGAUGGUGCCGUAGUGGAGAAAACUAUAGCGAACAAGUAAUUCAAUUUCGUCAACGUAUUCAACAAAAAUCAGCUGCACUACUCAUUGUUGAUCCAAUCGCAUUUAUUGUCAAAGAUGUGGCAACGGUUGGAGCUGAUACCUUUGGAAUAUUUUUGGGACGCGUUGCUGGUGGACUUGUUUUAACAGCUGUCGAAGGCGUAUCGACUGCGGUGGACAUUAACAGAAAACAUAAUGAUUACAACAAGGGCAGUUUAAGUGUUUUAGCAUUUAAAAAAUAUGUUGUGAGAAGAAUAACAUCGGCAGCCGGUACUGUUAUUGGAGGAAGUGCUGGAAUGAUUGUUGGUACCAUACUAAUUCCUGUGCCCAUUUUGGGAUCUACCAUUGGUGGAGUAACAGGAUCUAUCGGAGGUAAAAUAAUUGGCGGUAUCGCUGGUAUUGGUGUCUCGAAAGUUGUGGAAGUAUACGAAAAACUAAAACGUCAAAAAAUAAUGAAUAUGACAACGAUACCACAACUAAUGGCUAAUUUAUCACUUGAGAGCCAAUUAGUUCAAGGAUUAUUGACUACAACAUCGACAAACGAUAACCGUAAGCUGCUUGAGGAAAACAAUGACAUUAGCACAUAUGCAUCAGCAGCAGAGUUGAUAAAUAAUUCGAAUCCAACAUCUAAAUCGUUAUAUCCAUCGGUAGCUGAAUUUUUAGAUAGCAAUGAAUACAUGGAGACAUUUUCUGACAAAGAAUGUAUAAUGGCAACAAACUUAUCAGCAGAUAUUCUUUCAACGUCAAACGAUACAGAUUCAUAUGAUUAUUUCGUUCUUACACCAUUACCCGAUAACAAUGAUGACCAACAAUUCAUCAAAGCUGUUGAUCUUCUUGUAUUGCGGUGGCCAUCAAAUAAAUGGGACUUUAGCGAGGAAACAGUUUUGGAAAUAAAGGAAUUGACUGACUGA